AUGCUACACCGGCGCAACAGCUACGUUGACAGUUUCAAGUUCGCCCUGGAGAUGCAUGCUUCCCUUGGUUUCGCGGUUGUCAUAGAUGCCGAUAAAUGCCCUCGCGGAGAACAGCAACAGAGAUUUAAUGCUCCCAUAUGCAUUGAGGUGGCCGUCGUCAUGUCAGAUACGCAGCAUGGCAACUUGGAUAUUGUCUUGAGGAGGGAGACGAUAGACUGCAAAUAA